UCUUGAACCCAGAAAUAAAUCCUUACUAUUAUCUAAAUAAAACAGCCCCUUUUUGCACUUCGAUUGCUGCAAAAAUCCUUGUACAAAAACUAUUGUUUUGUCGCUUUCCAAAGGACGGUUCAGUGGUUGAUCUUGCUAGUGCAAAAAGACAUGAGAAUACAGUUUGGGACAUUACUAGCAGAUAUCGGAUUCAUCAAUCUUCCAGCAGAUUAUCAGGUUAAGGGAAAAAAGAAAGAGAAUCUUGAUGGUUGGUUUUCUGAUAACUCAAAACCAUUCAACUUUUAUUCAAAUCAUUCGGCAGUUGUGAAGGCAAUACUAUGUGCGGGUUUGUAUCCUAAUGUGGCUGCCACAGAGCAAGGCAUUGCGGGAGCAGCUCUUGGAAGAGUUAAACUAACCAAUAGUUCUGAAUCAAAGAGUUAUCCAGUUUGGUAUGAUGGAAGACGAGAGGUUCACAUACACCCUUCUUCAAUCAACAGUAGCUUAAAAGCAUGUCAGCACUCAUUCCUUGUCUUCCUUGAAAAGGUUGAAACUAACAAGGUAUUUCUGCGGGAUACAACCAUUAUCUCACCCUUCUGUAUUCUGCUGUUUGGCGGCUCCAUCAACAUCCAGCAUCAGACUGGAUUGGUCAUGAUAGAUCAAUGGCUAAAGCUGACAGCUCCAGCUCAGACUGCAGUCUUAUUUAAGGAACUCCGAUCAGCUCUUCAUUCUCUGCUGAAGGAUUUGAUUAGAAAGCCAGAGCUAUUUUCCUAUAGCACAAUUCGCUCGAGCCUUCUCAUUAUGCUGAUGGAUUUUGCGGCGGUUGGGCGCUAUCCCACUAAUAGAAAUGCAUCUUUAGAGUUCAUCACCCAUAUUUCUUUCCUUAACUGGGUUUUCACCUGAAUUUGCAUGGUUUUCUUUGUUCCACAGAAUGCGACAAUUGUCAAUAAUGAGGUCGUGAGGUC